AUGGCGGCUUAUAUGUAUGAGGUGGUUUUCCCUAUGGUUUUGACUGUAACAUCAUGGAUCUUGUUACUUCUCAACAUUUUAUGUUUUUGGUGCCUUAUACGAGGUAAACUAAUCACUACAAAAGAGAAUUCUAUCUAUAUCAUCAUUGGCUAUAACGUACUCUCUGAUACUGCCGCAACAUUCGUUCAUGCCUUGUUCGUGGAGCCCAGCAUAUACUUUGGAGAAUGGUUAGUGAGUGAGGCAACUGCCUCAUUUUUUGGCAUGUUGUUAUGGUAUACAGGUCUCUCUGCUCAAAUACUUCUAGCCUUGCAUAGAUUGUUUGCCGUCGUGUUUCCUCAUAUCUUCACGUUCACACAUCGUUUCAUCUGCUUUGGUCUCAUGUUCCUGACGAUUAAGUCUUUCGUUGCAACUUUACUAAUGCAGUCAAUCAUAUCUUGUUGUCGAGUCAAAUACUAUCCAGCCAUGUUCAGCUACUCGUUUGAACAAAAAAAUUUAACAAAUUAUUCACGACUGUAUGUAUACAAUUAUAUGAACGGAUCGUUCACAACUGUUUGCGUAAUAGCAUACACAAUACUCCUAUGCCACGUGUUCAAAGUGCGAAGUAGUACUCGUAGCUCAAAUAUGAAGAAAGAGAUACGAUUGGGCUUACAAUGUGCUUUGAUGUUUUUUGUGUCCACUAUGACUUGGAUAUGGUUUUCAUUGUUAAGUGAACUGAACAACACCACACAAGCAGUAGUAUCAUUCCUAGGACUAGUUCACUUCUGUACGAACACCAUGGUUUAUCUCUUUUUCAAUAGAGAUGUUAAAGAUCAGCUGAACGGAAUGAGAAAUUCUCUUCUCGACUUCUUCUCCACAACUUCUCAAAAAUGA